AUGUCAGAAAUAGAGGAAAUAAAUUUAGAGUAAAGUACUCCAAAGAAUAGAUAAUCCAGACAACAAACUAAAACAGGAAAUACAAGAAAACCCAUAAGGAAAUUCAGAAGAUAGAAUAAUUCUUUUUAAAAUCGAAAUAGAGACAGAGAUCGACCAAGAUAAAAAGAAUGGAAAUAAUAAUAAUAGAAUAAUGGAAAUACUCCGGAAUUAUACGAAAUCGACAUCUAUAAUUUUUUAGCUAAGAACUAGAUUUCAGAUCUAAUUAGCGAUAUAAAGUCAAGAUGUGGUGAAUUAGUAAAACUUCAUAUUGUAGCAAAUAACAUAUAAGAAAAUGAGGCUGAGACGAGAAUUAUUCUAAAAGCUUUUUUUAAGGAUUAAAAAUCUGCUGAUGAAUGUUAUUUUUAAUAUAGUGAUGCCACUCUAGAUAAAUUGCUUUUAAGGACAGAGCGUAAAUAUUGAUGUAAAAUUAAUAUAUAUAAAAAUAAGAGAUUAAUAUCAAUUA